AUGGCUGCCCUCUCCCGUGCGAGUCGAAUCCGGAACCCCGCAUUGUUCAUAUGCGACAUCCAAGAGAAGUUCCGUGGCAUCUAUGAAUUCCCCAAGCUUAUUUCAACAACCUCCAAAAUGCUCCGCGCAGCAUCCAACCUCCAAAUGCCAGUCUACAUAACGACCCAAAACCGCGCCAAACUUGGCAACACCGUCUCUGAGCUGCAACCUCAUCUGGUCGGCCCCCACAUCCGCGCCGACAUCGACAAAACGCUCUUCUCAAUGAUCACCCCCGAGAUCGAGGCCAAACUCCCCUCCGAUCUCGACGUUAUCAUCGUGGGCAUUGAGACCCAUAUCUGCGUUACGCAGACGACGCUUGAUCUUCUGGCUCGUGGGCAUAGGGUCUAUAUCCUUGCUGAUGGUGUUAGUAGUAUGAAUCCUGAGGAGAGGGGGAUUGCGCUGUCUAGGCUGCGGGAUGCGGGGGCGAUCGUGACGAGUAGUGAGAGUGUGCUUUUUGAGAUUCUUCGGGAUGCGAAUCAUGAGCAGUUCCGUGCUGUUAGUGGGUUGGUCAAGGAGACGAAAGAGGAUACUAAGGGUGCGCUUGGGGCUUUCUCAAAGAUUUAG